ACACAAUUCAAUGAGUCAACGAAAGUAAAUCAUUAUAUCCAUAAUUUGAAAGAAAACUAUCUAGAUAAAAGUAAAUAAUAACUAAAUUGCAGCAAAGUAAAUCAAAAUCAAUGUCAUAAGAGAAAUAUAAACAUAGCGAAGACUUGCGCCAUUGAAUUUGGAAUUUUCGGUUACUCCACGCACGGCCACACUGGCGCGGCGUUUUGGCGCAUUUUGUGGUGUGGUAGUGUUUGUGCGAAAAAUAAAAAUACAAAAUAGGAAAUACGAAAUUCGCUAUGUCGACGCUUGAGCUGUGCGAAAAGUACUUUGGGACGCGUGAUGUGUACAAGCUGAUGGACCUGGCCAAGGGCGCCGGCGAGAAGGAGGUGAAGAAGGCGUACCACAAGCUCUCGCUGCUCGUUCAUCCAGAUCGAGUGCCGGAUGAGCAGAAGGCGGAGUCCACCGAGAAGUUCAAGGUGCUAUCGAAGCUCUACCAGGUGCUCACCGACGCCCAGAAGCGGGCGCUGUACGACGAGCAGGGUGUGAUCGACGACGACGAUGAGAGCGAGUCCAAGCUGUCGUCGUGGCUGGAGCUGUGGAGCAAAAUCUUCAAGCCCAUCACCGAGGAGGAUAUCAACAACUAUGAGAAGGAGUAUGUGGAAUCGGAGCUGGAGCGCACCGACCUGAAGAAGGCGUAUCUGGGCGGCAAGGGUUGCAUCAACUAUCUGAUGAAUCAUGUGCCAUUCAUGAAGGUGGAGGACGAGCCGCGCAUUCAGAAGAUCGUGCAGGAGAUGAUUGCCAGCGGUGAAGUGCCCGAGUACAAGAUCUUCACUGAGGAGCCGGCUGCCAAGCGCAAGAAGCGCCACCAGAAGUACGCGCGCGAAUUUAAGGAAGCUAAGGUCAUCAAGGAGCGUUUAAAGCGCCGCCAGAAGGAGAAGGACGACCAGGAUCUGGCCGACAACGGUGGCGAUUUGCAGCAAAUGAUCCUAGCGCGACGCAAUCAGCGCGAGUCAAACUUUGGCUCCCUGAUGGACCGCCUGAUGGAGAAGUACGGCAACGAGGACGACUCUGACACGGUUGACUUUAGCGCCUUCGAGAAGAAGAAAAAGAAGUCCAAGAAGCCCGCCGCCAAGCAGGAGCCCAAACAGAAGCUUAAUGGAGUCAAGACUGGCCGGGUGGAGAAGGGAAAAAACUAGUGCCAGUCCUCCUCCUUCACUCCUCAUUGUACUCCUCUUAAUAUAUAUAUCACGUAGUUUAGACUUAGUUACUCAUAUGUAUUUAUCCAUGUACGUAUACUUAUAUUUUCGUUAGAUUCAUACUAGAUGGGAAUAGAAAUGCGUAAUUUUAAUCACCAUUAUGUUACUCCAGUACCCAAAAGUUUCUGCAUAAUAAACAUAAGUUUUUCAGUCCCUUGGUUCGCAAGAAAAUCAAA